CUGUUGACCCUUUAAUAACCUUUAAACCCUAAUUUAUUAGAGCCGUUACGCUCUCUCAUUCACAUCACUUCCCUAAUCUCUCUUUCUACAAUGAGCUCGUCGUCUAAAAUCGAUUCAGAGAAGCCAGUUAUGGUGUCGGAGUCACUAUUUUCUACUAAGACUCCUAACAAAACCGUUAAAAGGCAGAUCUUUUCUUCGUCCCCAAAACCUGAAUUUGUUGUAAAAUUACCUGAAAGGUUCGAGAUUUUGGAGGAGUUUUUCAAUGGGUUGGAUACUGCAAUUAGGUUGCUUAAAUUAAAGGGUUCGUCAACGACAUACGCUAAUAUAUGUCCCAAGAUCGAGUAUCUUACUAAUCGGAUCUUCUCGUAUGAUCAUUUGGCUCAGAUGAAGCAUAUUUAUCCGGAAGCCAUUGAAAUAAAGAGAGUUUUGAAGUAUGUUGAAGACACUUGUUGUAUGAAACCUAGCCUUCACAUUAAGUUAAACACCGAUGCAAUUGUACUUGACGAUACAAUUUGUGGAACUAAAUACAUGGAACUUAGGAAGGUGUUUCACUCAAAGCUUGUAGAUUUUUACAAAGCUCAUCCUAAGGACGAAAUUCCAAAAGAACUGCUUCCCGAACCGUUCAAUUCCCCCAAAAGGGAUAGUUAUUCAGGUGUAGUAAGUGUAGGUUUAGAAGAACCUAAACUUGAAGUUGGAGGGUUUGAUGUUCAUAUGGAGGAGAUAGAGCAAGAAGAACAAUAUGCUAACAAAGCAAUGGCAGAUUCUACUUUGUCACACAUAGAAUCAAGAAUAGUUGAAACCCCAGUCAAAGAUUUAUCUACUCCCUCCAAAGACUUAUCCACACCAAUCCGUCUCAUGAGUGCUACACCGACGUUGCAGCUAUCAAAAAGAUGUAUUGAGUUGACUCCAGAAGGUGGUGAUGAUAACUCUGUUAGAUCAACAAAUAGCCUGGCAAGGGGUCCAUCUCGCAGUCUGAAUUUUGAUACUUUUGAGGAAGAUGCAGUUGUGAAAGAUGACAUUGGUAAUGAAUCUUAUGAUGAAGGAAUCAACUAUGAAGAAGAUGGCCUUCUUCAGUCAGUAAAGGGUCCAUCUCGCAGUUUGAAUUUUGACACUCUUGAGGAAGAUACAAUUGUGAAAGAUGACAUCAGUAACGAAUCUAGUGAUGAAAAAAUCAGCUAUGAAGCUGAUAAUGCUUCUGAUGAUGAUAGCCUUCUUCAGUCAAUGAAAGAGAGACCAAAGACUGAACCUAAGAAGGACAAUUGGCAACAGCUUGUUAAUUUGAUUCAUACAUUGUUUCACUCAACAAAUCGAACAGUCAUCACGAAGGAGGAGCUUCUUCACAAGAUUAUUGCAAACCAAAUCAAUAUAACCGAUAGAAGGGAAGUGGAGGAACAAUUAAGUUUGAUGUUGCGAUUAGUCCCGGAUUGGAUCUCUGAAACAAAAGCAUCUUCGGGGGAUCUUCUUGUUCGGAUCAAUAAAAUGUCUGCUGCCGAAACAGUACGUGCAAAACUUGAAGAAGCAACUUCACAAGACAUUUCACUUGUCUACUGAAAAACCAUAAAACUGAAUUUAUUUUGUGUGUUUUCAUCCUCUUCACGAAUUCAAUUAUCAUUAUUCUUCACAAAUAGCUUCUUUCUAAGCUGGUCCAACCUAUAAACUUGUAUUAUUCUU